AUGAGCGCUGGGGCCACCGAUCCCCAAGUUCAGGACCACUACGAUCCCUAUGGCUACAAUGAUCCGCCCUCUACCGUCCCGAAUGGAAGCCAAUACCCUCCUCAACCGUACCCGCCCUCUCAGCGAUCGAGGGGUUAUGAAGCUGGUGAACGAGAUGCCUACGACCGCAACGGACCCCCUCCAUCGACUACUACCGGGUACUCUACUCGCCCUCAGGACUCUUAUCCUGGACCCAACGUCAAUGGAAACAACACCCCUGACCCAUACAACGACUACGCACACCGUCCCUCCCAUGCUCUUCCCUACGACUCUCAAUCGACUUAUCUUCCCCCUACGGCCAACGGCGGCCGCGCUGGCUCCUCCGGUCCAGGAUACGGAGCGCAAGGCCAAGUUCAAGUCCCACAGCCUCGGCGAGACCCGCCGCGUUCGGUGACUACAUCCCAGCCUGUCGGCGGCGGUCUUGGCGGGACCAAAAAUGGCGACCACAGGUUCUCCCGCAACGGUCAGCCGGUUCCUUCGCCGGUCCUGCCCUGGAAACAACCCGGUCGGAAGAGCCACAGCCGGAGUCGCAGCCCGGAAAAGAUCCCUCGUGCUGCUGACCAGGCGCCUCGAGAACCCCCUACAGGACCCAGUCGGCCUACUACCCCCGCUCAAGCCCCUACCGACCAGCCUCAACGUAUCUCCCGCUCAUCCCUUCUCCCUUCCCGCCUAUCUUCCCAGCACCCAGACGCCGGCGAUAACAGUACCGACACUGAGGAUAUCAACGGUACCGCCUUCCAAACACCGGACAAGCAGGUCAGCAGCGAUAACGGGGACGGGACGACCGAGCUUUCAUCUCUUGCCCGAUUGCGCGAGUUUAAAGAGUCGGUCGCGUCCUCUCGGUCCAAGAACAAGCUGCUCGAUGUGGACGCGGGCGCACUGGAAGAGAUGGCAGCUUCGUUCUUGGCAAGUGCAAGUGCUGUCCCUCCCACCCCAGUGACGGUUCAAGCGAGCCAGCUUGCGCCGGUCACUGCCAAGCCCAUGGCAAUGCCGACGCGGGAAGAGCUCGACAAUCUGGUAGAGCAGGUCGCUGCGGAGACAUCGGCCAAACCUGUACCAAUCACCGCCGCCAACGUCCCGCCCGCUGCUCCACCUGCAGCAUCGUCCUCGGCCGAGGCCACCAUCAAGACGCGUGAGCAGGAGCUCAAGGAGCGUCUCAAGGCCAAACGCGAAUCCAGCUCGCCGAGUAUCUCCAACGCCAUCCCGCCCGGAAUCUCGGCCAUCAUCAACAAGGCUUCCGAGCCUGCGCCAUCCGGACCCAGCGUCAAGGCUGAGCCUGGCGCCAAGGGGUCUACGGUACCUACCAAGCGGGACCGGCUGGAGGAAGGGGAGAUUGCCGAUGAAGAGAGCAAGCGAAUGAAGAUUGAGGUCCAGCCGCCGAGUACGGCGGGGACGACUGGCUCGCGCGAGGACGGGCAGGUGACUGGCUCUUCGGACGGUCUAAAUUCAGCUGGGAAGCGGAAGAGGGCGGACGCGUGGAUGAAGACGACUGGAUCAGGGUCUGUCGAGCCGUCCAGUGCGGCCGAUGGUCAGCAGCCGAAAUCAAGCAAGGAGAAGUCGGCGCCGCACGUCAAGGCUGAGAAGGGGAGCCUGGAAAGUCGGAUCAGUCAGGACACGGGCGGCGCGAGGCGCGAUCGCGAUAGGGACGAUGGGCAGGCAAGCCCUCGUGGAAAGGGCUCAGCGCGUGGUAGGCAUAGGAGCAGGUCGCCCGCCAAGAACUCGCGAGCGGCUGGUAAUGCGCCAGCGGGCGGUUUCAAGGAUUCGACAUUCAGCAAAAACAGGCAGGAGGUUGAGGAAAGGGUGAGGAGCAAGGAGAAGGAGGUUGAGCGGGAGAGGAGCGAUAGGGAGAGAGACAGGGAGUCGAAGCCUUCUCUUGCCGAGCGAAUUGGACUUAAGGAUCACAGUACUCCCUCGUCCAAGCGUCAGCCUGGAUCUAGCGCGCCAAACUCGGCGUCUCAGCGCGACUCGUAUCGUGACCCCGGGCACCGAUACGAUCAAGCCAUGGAUAACGCUCGUCGAUCCCGUAGUCCUCCUCGACAGUCUCAAGCUACCCCAGGAAGGGGCUAUGAGGCGGCCGAUCGAGGUGUGAGCGAUCGACGACCGAGCAUGUCGUCUGUCCGUCCAGACCAGAGGGGACGUGACUCGUCUCCGUAUGCUGCGUCAAGGGCGCAGGGGACAGACUCGAGGGACAGGUUCCGUGACGAUCGAGGUCGACACGAUGCUCCCAUGAACGACAACCGCGAGAGGCCAGGAAACGCCCGCUCUUCCGUUGGCGGUACCGGUUAUCAGGACGCGCCGUCUUCGCAAACUCGUCCCGCUCAAUCCAACAAUGGUCCCGCUGCGACAUCGGCUCCUGCGCCCACUCCGGCCGCAACUCCCACCGCACCUUUGGAUAGCGUGGCCGAAACGCUCUCGCUCCUCAAGGCUCAGAUUGCGCGUCUGGAGUCUCAGAUUCCUGGUGCGCCUACGUCGGCGCCCGCCCCGGCUCAGGCUCCUGCGCCGGCCCCGGCUCCUCUCCAGACCCCGAAGGCCAGGUACCCGUCCGCUGCAUCUCGCGACCCGCUUCCCUCGGCCGGUACCGCCUUUGCCCAGGAUACCGCCAAGAACUAUCGCGGUGAUCUUCCGGGGGAUGCCAACUCCAACAAGCGCUUCACACCAAGGAGGGAUUAUGACCGUCCACCAUCCCCUCGCCAGUCACUGCCCAACUCUCGAUACGACCACCCGCCGCAUCACCCAUCCGCGCGGAGCAUUACACCCCUUCAGCCCGCUCCGCUCCAUGCGCACACCCGCGACCUGCCUCCCAGCCGGUACAACGAUCCUGCCGGCCCUGGGCCCCGUUACCCGGACCGCGAGCGCGAGCGAGCUGAUCGCGACCGUGAUGUCCGACCUGACUAUCCACCUCGGGAUCGGGAUGACCGCGCUCGACCGCCGGUCGGAGGAUACGACAAUCGCGCGCACGACCACCGUCCUGCCCCGCCCCCGUCACGCGAAUUCUCCAACGUCCAGCCCGCUCGGCCCGAAUGGAACGUCUAUCGCCCCGUCUCGCCUGGUCUUACACCUCCGCCGCCGCCACUUCCUAGGUCAUCAUACCCCGAUGAUCGAUUCGGCGGGCAGCGCGGUCCCGGGUACGGUCGGCCAGGGGAGGAAAUCUUUCCGCCAAGUGGAGGACGGUAUGAUCCGCCGCCGCACUCCCGGGACCCGCGUGAUUUGCGUGACGCCCGCGAUUUGCGCGGCGAUCCUCGCGGUCGCGACCCAAGGGACCUGCGGGAUAUUAGGGACAGAGAUGUCCGGGAUGUGCGCGAUACUCGGGACUUGAGGGAUGUGAGGCCAAGAUACCCCUCGCCCCCUCCUCUGGGGUACGGUGGUGGUGGUAUCGGGGGAGGUAUCGGUGGGGAUCGAGACCGGCUCCGAGACCAUGAUCCGCGCGACCUUCGCGAUAUCCGCGAUACCCGGGACCCGCGUGAUAUGCGCGACUCGCGAUACCCGCCCCUCGAUGUCCGGGAUAUCCCUAAUCCUCCUCAAAGGCCAUACAGGCAGCCCGGGGGAUAUGAUAAUCGUGCGGAAAUGGCUGGCAGUGGGCGAGGAGGGUAUGCUGGUGGACGACCGGGACGCGGGGGGUAUGAUAAUGGAGGAGGAGGGAGGGGGAGGGAUGAUGGCAGCGAGUAUGCGGACAGGGACGAUUUGGGGCAUGGUGGUGGAGGUGGAGGGGGAGGGAGGGGAGGGUAUGGCGGACGAGGACGGGCGAGGGGGAGGGGGAUGUGA